AUUAAACCCAAUUUCAAAACAGUAGAUAUAAUGGGUUGGUUUUCAUCUACUACGAAGCCUGUCGUGGCUCAACCACAACUGUUGCAAAUCGAACAACGCUCGCACAACAGCUUGAACAUCACACCAGGCUCAGACAUUUCCACUACUUUGAGCCAAAUUGCUGAUGAUCCGAGCGAUAUUAGAAUUAAACAGAUCUCUGGUCGUGAUGAAAUCAACCGGUCUGUCAAUGAAUUUGUCAGAGAACGCCCUAGUAACCUCUAUGUGAUCGACGGUGACCGCGAACAACAAGAAAGUAUCAUUUGUACGAGCAAUGCCUCAGGAGGCAAAACUUGCUUAAAACUUGGAUAUAACUCAAUUGAACUUUUUAAACAAAUGCAAAAACUCGAAUACUUUUGUUCUCUUCCAGAUGAUAUUAAUGCUACAUACUUUGAAUGCAGAAAAAUCCAAUAGUCCUGCCACGUGCUUCUUUACAUAUAUGAAAAUCUAACAUGCCUACUAGUAAC